AUGGCGAGUGAAGAGAGGAGAAAUAUUCAUGAUCAAUUAAAUGAAUUACUUGAUAGUUAAGAGGGUGAACAAGAGCAUAGAAACUAUGGCGAUUUCGGGGAUUAACUUGAAAAUGAUAAUAAUGAUGAUGGUGCAGAUGUGAGACCUUCAAAGGCUAAUAAAAAAAAGAGAAAGAGGAACAAAAAGAAAAAAAAGUAAGGAGAAGGUCUUGAUAAUUAAUAAGAUGAAGUUAAUAAAGCAACAGGAUAAGGAUAAGAUGAGAUCCUUUUAGAAUCAACUCCUCUUAAGUACAAAUUAGGUGCUAGCUUGUAAGUUUUUUUGAAAUCAUGUGAGUGUGUAGUUAUGAAGACUCUGAUUCAUCAGAGGACGAAGGAUUGGCUGAUUACAAAAUUGGUGGUUAUCAUCCAAUGCAUGUCGGGUAAUAUUUUGAUUUUUAUCUUUGUUAGAGAAAUCCUUAUUGAGAGAUAUGUUAUUAUCUAGAAACUUGGUUGGGGUCAUUUCUCUACAGUGUGGCUUGCUAAAGAUAUUCACUAUAAUACAUAUGUAGCAUUGAAAAUUUAAAGAUCAGCACCACAUUAUUUAGAAGCAGCUUUUGAUGAAGUUGAAAUUCUAGAUUAAGUUUCAUCUUACUGGGUAAAGCCUGAAUGGCUUAACUCGCUUAAAAAAUAUUAUGCUGAUAAUCCAGAAAAAUUGAAGAAUGUUACAGGCAAUGAUUGCUAUGCUGUUUAGCUUUUGAAUUGUCUCAUUCAUCAUGGUCCACAUGGAAAGCAUUUUGUAAUGGUAUUUGAAAUUUUAGGAAUUAAUCUUUUGGAAGUAAUUAAGAGAUAUAAUUACAAAGGUGCUCCAAUGCCCUUAGUUAGAAUUAUGGCAAAGUAGUGCUUGAUGGGUUUAGAUUAUUUGCAUAGAGUUUGCAAAAUUAUUCAUACAGAUCUUAAGCCUGAAAAUGUUAAUCUAUGCUUGACAGAUAAAGAAGUACAAGAAAUAGCUCAGAGGGGACAAUUAACAACAACUAAAAUGUAUCAUCAGCCUGAAGAUAUUAAGCUGCUCUCAUGUGCAGCAAGAUUAGACCCUAAAAGUUUCAGAGGAAGGAAAAAUCACUAAGAGGAUGACAAGUAAAUUCAUGAAAAAUAAAACAAAAGAGCAGAGAAAAAAAAGAGGCAAAAAUAAAGAAAGAAGGAAAAGAAAGGAUUGAUACAAAAGUAGCCUGAUGAGUAAGAGAAAAUUCUAACUCAUAACUAUGAAACUGUGCAAACAGAGGAAGAUUUAAUCACUGCAGAAAGAAACUAAGAAAAUACUUUAUCACCAUCUUAAAAUACACAUAGAAUUGGAAAUGACUCUAAUCAGCCAAAUCAAAAGAAAAACAAAAAAAACAAGAAAAAUCUAACUUUCAACAAUAAAAAUGAAAAUAAUGCAUAAAAGUAAAAUCAAACAAGAACUGAUGAUUCAUAGUCAACUCAAUUGACAAUGUAAACAUCUCAAAAUUAAAAUUAAGUUAAAUCAUCUGGCAAGCCAAACGAGAAGGCAAAGGAUUAGCAAAAUUAUAAUGAAAGCUAGCAAAAGCAAAUAGACUUCUCCUUAAGAAAUUUAAAUGCAAUUUAAAUGAGAUAACUUAAUGAAAUGCUUGAGUAGUAUGUUGAAGUUCCAAGAGCUCACACUUUACCAAAAUUGAAGUAUAUCCCUUCACCUAAAGGAAGUUUAUCCCCAGAAAAUGAAGAGGAAUAUCAAUUUAUAAUGCAGUAACUUUAUAUGGGAGAGAGAUAUACCUAUGAUAGAGUUGAUAUUGAGAGGAAUAAUUAACAAAUGCAAGAGUUUUUAUUUUAUAGAAGAAAAUUUGAAUAAUCAUAGAGAGCUGCAUUAGCUAAUAACUAAGACUAAUUGUAGCAAAAAGCUUAAGCUAGUUUAGGAUAAAAUGGAAUCCCUCUCUUGAACUUAUAAAACUUAGAUCCAAGAUUGAUGCAGCAACAAAUUGAUGAAGAUAAGGCUAAAAAGAGGGGUCCUAAGCUAGAUGAAACAUUAAGACUUAAAAUUUGCGAUCUAGGAAAUGGUUGCUGGACCUAUCAUUAAUUCUCAACAGAGAUCCAAACUAGACAAUAUAGAUCUCCAGAAGUCAUUAUUGGAUCGAAGUAUGGAGCAUCUGCAGAUAUAUGGUCAUUCGCUUGCAUGAUAUUUGAAAUGGCAACUGGUGAUUUCUUAUUUGAACCUAGAAAAGGAAAGACGUAUGGCAAGGAUGAUGAUCAUCUUGCUCAAAUGAUGGAGUUAUUAGGAAGAAUGCCGAGAAAUCUUGCAUUAUCAGGAAAGAAAUAUAAGAAAUUCUUUGACAGGUCCGGGCAUUUAAGAAGAAUUAGAGGAUUGAACUUCUGGCCUUUGAAGAAGGUCUUAGUUGAAAAAUAUAAAUUUAAGGAAAUUGAGGCAUAGUCAUUCGCUGACUUUUUGAUUCCUAUGCUGCACUGGGACCCUGAGAAAAGAGCAUCUGCUAAAACAAUGCUAAAUCAUUCUUGGCUUAAAAUGCCAAAAAUCUAUAACGCCAAAAUGUCUGAUGAAGAAUUCUAGUAAUAUAUCUAAAGACAGUAAAUCUAGAGAGAAUCAAUUGAGGAUCCACUAACUGGCGAGGAAAUGUCAAAACUAGAGGAUACAGAAUAAGAGCUAAAUGCUGGAGAUCUUGAGGAUAAUAAUCGCUCUUUCUUCUCCGAUUUAGAAGAUGAUGCAGCCAACCCAUAUCUAUCAGACGAAGAAGAAAACAAGGAAAUUGAUCCCAAAGAAUAUAGGGAUAUUGCUGAAGGUAAAAACCUAAAUAAUUCAUUUGUUGGACCUUAUCCGGAGAGUUGGGACCAUUUACAUAAUGACAAGGGUCAAAAUCCAUAAUUUAUAUAGUUUAGCGAAAGAAAGGAGCCAACUGUUUUUGACUUAGCCAAGAAAUACGGGUUCAUCAAGUGA